GCGCCUACAUCGCCACCGCCGACCUGGAGUGCGCGUUCUACCACGUGCGGCCCCCGGCCGGCACUGGUGGCAACUUCGCGCUGCCCGCCGUCGAUGCGACCUUCUUGAUGCAGGCAGGCCUCGUGGAGCUGCCGUUUGCACCUCGCCAGCUGGUCGCUGCCAAGGUGGUGAUGUUGCCGAUGGGCUUCCCGUGGGCCCUGCGCCUGUGCCAGGGGGCGUCGGCCACCUGCUUGUUGCGCAGCGGGGUGGGCCCAUCCAGCGUCAUCGUGGACGGCCGGGCGGCCAGCCGCCUGCUCUACAAGCUGGUCAGUCAUCUCAGGCUCGCGGGGCUGGUAGUUCUCGAGAUCUGCGAGGCGUCGGCCAGCGUCGAGUUUCUCGGGCUGCCGCUGCACGAGGGGGGGGCGCUCGCCACCCUGCAUGCGCGCUGCGCUGUCGUGGAGACCUUCGGCGGCCGCCUGGUGCGGCCCUGGGCUUCGGCGAUGCGCGAGCCCGAGCUGGUCCGCAGCCUGCUACCUGUGCCCCAGGCGGACAUCACCGCUGGAUGGCGCGGCACUGCCGCGCGCAGCGAUGCAGCGCCCUGCGGGCUCGGCGUCGCGCGGCGGCGGAUGGCACCGGGCGGCGUUGCAGAGCGCGGCCGCUUCUCCGAGCGCUGGCGUUUCAGGGUGGCAG